UUACAGUGUGAAGCUGCUCCAGCGGUGGAGUAGUGUUUUAUUCAUUCUGUAGAUAAAGCACGCGGUGCUGUAGCCUCGUGUAGACAGAGCAGUUCUGCGUUUUUAUGUUCAGGAUGCUUUUUUCUGCUUUGUUUUGUUGUUUUUUUUCACUGGAGGAGCUUUGAGAUGAAUUGAUUAUCAGCGAUAAAGUUCUGCAGCGACAGAAUUAGAUUAAUUAGAUUUCACCGCUGUUUUUUGUCGCUGUGUGAGGUGUACCCUGCGUUAAUUCUGAGUUUUGUUGAGUUUAUUUCUCUCACUGCUGGAAGGUAAUAUCUCUCUAUAGGAUUUUAACAUGGGGAGCACUGCUAUGGACUCUAAGACUAAAGACGGGGGGAAGAAAAGUACCCGAAAGAGGAGGACCCUGCGCUUAAACAUGCCGGACCUAAGCACAUUUGCCAUGCCUUUCCUGGAGGGGGACAGUGAACAUGCUGAGAAGGACCUGCGUAAGGGGGAGGUCAGCUGCCAUUCAGCCAGCCCGACCAAAAGCUUUUUCAGCAGAGGCCCCUUCAGUCGGCCCUCCAGCCCCAUGUCGGCCCCGGCCCGGUCCAGAAACAGCCCCGGAUCCCCCAAGACCAUUUUCCCCUAUCCAUCCCAGCAGGACUCCUCACCCAGAUCCCCCCGCCGCCUCAGUUUUACCGGAAUCUUCCGCUCCUCCUCCAAAGACUCCUCCAGCACCUCCGUAUCCACCUCCACCUCCACCUCCCCCGUCACUAUCAAACUCUUCUCCAGAGCCAGGAAAGCCUCUAGCCUCUCCUCACCACCCACCACUCCAACACAAGCGAUCAAACAGCCGCCGCCGUUUCCUCUGGAGGUCAGCCGCAGCGACCCUGAACAACCUGAGGAACGACUUCGCUCUCUCUCCUCUCCACUGGACACAGGCCAGCGCUUCAGCCUUCCCUCCACCAAGCCACCCCAGAUCCCCUCCUCCACACUUAUCUCUACCUCACGCACGGUUCACGGUUUAUCUGAAGGCAUGCUGGAGAAACUUGACCUCGAGGAUGAAGCUGUUGAAGAGUCAGAGAGCGAUAUUUACAUGCGCUUUAUGAAGUCCCACAAGUGCUAUGACAUUGUCCCCACUAGCUCCAAGCUAGUAGUCUUCGACACUACGCUACAAGUGAAGAAGGCCUUUUUUGCCUUGGUGGCCAAUGGAGUUCGAGCUGCCCCACUGUGGGAGACGAAGAAGCAGAGUUUUGUAGGAAUGCUGACCAUCACAGAUUUCAUCAAUAUACUUCACAGAUACUACAAGUCGCCGAUGGUGCAAAUCUACGAGCUGGAGGAGCAUAAGAUUGAAACGUGGAGAGAGCUCUAUUUACAAGAAACCUUUAAACCUUUAGUCAACAUAUCACCGGAUGCAAGCAUAUUUGAUGCUGUGUAUUCGCUGAUCAAGAACAAGAUUCACCGCUUGCCCGUCAUCGACCCCGUCAGUGGGAAUGCACUUUAUAUCCUCACGCACAAGAGGAUCCUCAAGUUUCUUCAACUCUUCGUGUGUGAGAUGCCAAAGCCUGCCUUUAUGAAGCAGACCCUAGAGGAGCUGGGCAUCGGGACAUACAGCAACAUCGCCUUCAUUCACCCUGACACGCCUAUCAUCAAAGCCUUGAGCAUCUUUGUGGAGAGGAGGGUGUCUGCUUUGCCUGUAGUGGACGAGUCCGGAAAAGUUGUGGAUAUUUAUUCCAAGUUUGAUGUCAUUAAUCUUGCUGCUGAAAAGACCUACAAUAACCUGGACAUUAGUGUCACGCAGGCUCUCAUGCAUCGCUCCCAGUAUUUUGAGGGUGUGAUGAAGUGCAACAGACUGGAGACUCUAGAGACUAUAGUGGACAGGAUAGUCAAAGCUGAGGUGCACAGACUGGUGGUGGUGGACGAGAACGCCUGCAUCGUGGGCAUCGUGUCCCUGUCGGACAUCCUGCAGGCUCUGGUCCUCACUCCAGCAGGUCUGAAAAGGAAGGAGAAUAAGGCGGAGCUGCAAGCGGAAGUGGAAGCGGAAGCCGAAGUGGAAGCAGAGGCUGAGCCAGAGCCAGAGGCUGAAUGAUGCAGGUUGAGGCUCCUGAGUGUCAUGCUGCUUGUUGAGGUUUCUGGAGGUGGGUGUGAAGCUGAAGUGGACUGCUGAGGGCUGCCUGAGGGUGGCGAGGGGCAUCGGGGUAUAAACUGUAAUGCUGCUGAAAGACAGACGGACAGACAGUCAGUCUACAGGGGCGACAAGGUGGACCAACAGGGAUUUCUCCAAACCUUUUUAGUCUCUAUUAAACCGUGUUACUGCAAGCGCACUACCAUCACCUUUCACCACACACAAAAACAUCGCCAUCUGGUGUUUGUUCUGUGUUUUACAUGCAUCACUAGACAGACUGCAGACUGUACCAUCACUUUUAGAGGGAAAAUACUGUUGAAAGUGGAAGGGCAUUUUUCCAAAGCAACAUUUCUCUAUGUCCACAUUCUUUGUGUAGAAAGAAGCUUUGGCUUUUGGCUUUGCUUGCACUUGGUAAUGACAUUUUUUAUGUCCCUUUGAUGUCUUCUGCAGUAUGUAUUUUUUAUCGUCCCCUAAAAUAAUAUCCCUGAAUGAAAUCACCUCCCUCUAUCUGUCAAUGGUGCCUUCUUUCCACCAGUUGUCGCCCGUUAUUGAUGGCCAGGAGGACGCGAGAGUGGUGAAUGUGCAAAUGUAUCAAACGCGAAUAUGAGAGUAUCUGAAAACCAAAAUUAAUUUUGUGUUUUGGAUAUGUCACUGAUUUUAUUCAUUUGAUUAAGUAAAAGUUUUCCUUCUUUAGGAAGGUUCUUUAUUAUUUGUAUAAGUUGUUGUUUUUAUUUCUUAAAUGAUGCUGUAAACAUAGAUUCAGAGGUUUAUUUAUUCAUACUUUAAUAAAAAGUUUUGUUUUAAUUUUGAGAGUAAUAGCUUGAGUGGAAUGGAAAGAAAACAUUCUGCCCCUAUGCAUCAACAUGACGUUCUGAUGACUUGACGAUGACGUUCAAUGCAAUUCAAAAUUCAGCCGCUGCCUACAAGCCCUCAUUUCUUCUCUCCAGUUAAAGCGGAGGCAUGCAACGAAACCUCUCAUUAACUCUGUAUCGAUCGUACUGUACAUAGGAAGAGCUACAUGAGGCGUCUCCAAGUGCCAGAGAAAGGUCUAUUUUUCAAUGUAUGUAUUCAAUGUAUGAAUCAUGAUGUUUGUAAUCUUACAGAUUUGGGUUCUUUUUGGUCCUUUCAUCUUUACCGUGUCUGUGUUUGUCAGUAAAGGUCACUGAUGAAGGCGUUUUUGUCAGCCGAACAAUUGCACAUCACUGGCAUGAAGAUGACACUACAGUGGUUUGACAUUGUGUUUUCGUUUUAUUUUUUGUUUUUCAUUUUGCAGUUUGGAAAACAAAAAUAAUAAAUCAUGCUACUGAGUCUUUGUA